CUGAAAUAAUACUAUGACUUAGUCGGGUCGGGACAGUAGGCAUCUGUGGGUGGGUUAUCUAGAGCAGUUUGUUACUUCAAAUAUGUUUAAAGAUGGCUUUCUAUUUUAUAAGGAUAUGCAACUCCUGUUCAGGUAUUGCAUUGCGUAUUUUUUGUAAUAAUAUGUCUUCAAUUAUAAAUAUAAUUCAAUUUUCCAUUUCCAUUUCCAUUGCCCCCUCUUGGCGAUUAGCCGAAUGAUUUUCAACUUGUUCAUCAGGCACAAUUACACAUAAUGUCUACCGUCACACGUCAAACAACCAGUACAUUCCAUUUGGCUAAUGAUACAAAAGAAGUAAAACAGGAAGUCACGAUUAAAGAAAUCAAUCAAGACGACCAAGAGGAUGAAAUUAGUGAAAUAGUUAGUUUCAAUCAAAGACAUCAAUCUGUGUUGCUGAUAACUCAUUUCAACGAUCCUUUAACUAUUCAAGAACAAUUUCCUAUACCCGAAUUAAAAGACCAUGAUGUUUUGGUCAGUAACAAAGCUAUAGGUCUUAAUCCAAUAGAUUGGAAAGGUAAAAAAUAUCAAUUUGGUAUUUAUCAUUUCCCUUGGAUAAAUGGAAGAGAAAGUAGUGGAGUUGUAGUACAAACUGGAAAAUUGGUUAAUCAACAAGAUUUUACUAUUGGAGAUAAGGUGAUUGUUAGUAGUACCAGUUAUAGAGAUAAUAGAACCAGUACUUUCCAACAAUUCACUGCCAUUGAUUCAAGACUAGUAUGGAAGUUACCUACGAAUUUUUCAUUUGAAGAUGGUGCUACCAUUGGUGUUGGUUUGGUUACUGCUGGUGUUAUAUUUUACAAUAGUUUUAAAUUCCAAUUAACUAUUAAUCCACCACCAACAUCUGAACAAGAAUCUAUUAUAAUUUGGGGCGGAGCAACAGUUGUUGGUCUUUAUGCUACUCAAAUAGCUAAAAUAAAUGGAUUGAAAGUUAUAUUAGUCGCAAGCUUGAAGCAUGAAGAGUAUCUUAGACAUCUAGGGGCAGAUAUAAUCGUUGAUCGUCAUUUACCAAUUGAAGAAAUAAAACAACUUGCCUUAUCUUUCGGACCUAUCAAGUAUGGUAUAGAUUGUGUUUCAAAAGAAACUUCAUCAAUUGUAUUGGAUAUCUUAUCAAAUUUCGGUGACAUAAAUCCAUUAUUUUCUGGAAUUGUAGGAAUUCCAAAAUUGAAUAUUCCACCCCAAGUUGAAAUCAGAGAAGUUAUCAUAAAGCAAUUCCAUGAAAAUAUCGAAUUUGGUAAACAAUUCGUUACCGUUACAUCUCAUUUGUUUACUACACAUCAAAUAAAGCCUGUAAGAUAUAGACACUAUAAAGGUGGACUUCAUAUCAUUGAUGAUGCUUUAAAUGAUUUAGAAGCUAUUGGAGCUAAAGGAGAGAAAUAUGUCGUUAGUAUUUAGAAUUAGUAUUUACCCGAUUUAGCUUACAUUAUUUAAUUUAUAAAGUUAUUUAUUUAAUUAUUAGAAUAUAUAUCAUAUCACAUCAAAAUGCCACACUUU